ACCCCCAAAACCCCUAAGACGACACACUCAAUGGCACCAGAGAAGAUUGAAGUUUUCAAGUCACUUGAGGGUUGGGCUUCACAGUGCAUCUUGCCUCUUGUCAAGCCCGUCGACCAAAGCUGGCAGCCCCAUGAUUUGUUACCAGACUCGUCCCUUCCGGUGGACGACUUCAAUAAUCAGGUGAGGGCCCUAAGAGAGCGGACUGCUGAGCUUCCAGAAGAUUAUUUAGUGGUUUUGGUGGGUGACAUGAUCACUGAGGAUGCUUUGCCCACCUAUCAAACAUGGAUCAACCAACUCGAUGGCGUUGGGGACAAGACGGGCUCGUGCACAAGCCCAUGGGCAGUGUGGUCUCGGGCUUGGACCGCGGAGGAGAACAGGCAUGGAGACUUGCUCAAAACCUAUCUGUACCUUUCGGGUCGAGUUGAUAUGCUUAUGAUUGAGAGGACCAUCCAUCACUUGAUUGCGGCUGGCAUGGAUUGGAAAACUGACAACAAUCCGUACAUGGGAUUUGUGUACACAUCAUUUCAAGAACGAGCCACUUUCAUUUCACAUGGCAACACGGCUCGACUUGCCAAAGAGAACGGCGAUCCAGUGCUUGCACGAAUAUGCGGCACCAUUGCUGCAGACGAAAAGCGCCAUGAGAAUGCAUACCAAAGGAUUGUCGAGAAGCUUCUAGAAGUGGACCCCAGUGUGACAAUGCUGGCAAUAUCAAAUAUGUUGCGUAAAAAUAUCACAAUGCCAGCACACUUGAUGCACGAUGGGAGGGAUCCACACCUCUUUGAUCACUUCUCUGCAGUGGCACAACGACUUGGUGUAUACACAGCCGCUGAUUAUGCUGACAUUUUGGAGUUCUUGAUCCAACGGUGGGAAUUAGAGAAGAUACAGGGAUUAACGAGUGAGGGAAGGCGUGCACAGGAUUUUGUGUGUGGCCUUGCACCUAGAAUUAGAAGGUUACAAGAACGCGUAGAUAAAAGAGCACGUAAAAUGGAGCCACAGGGUGUCAAAUUUAGUUGGAUCUUCAAUAAAGAGGUGCCCUUGCUGGUAUAA